UUUUUCCAUUAUGUCCCGGUUGUGUGGUAAAUCAUUCUUUGAAGCUCACAAUUUUGACUUGGUUUCUUUCCAAAUUAGAGAUUGCUGUUUUGGAGUUCAGGGUUUGUUUUGUCUUAUUGUUUUCUGCACAGUUUGGAAUCAAAACAAAGUUGUGUUCUGGAAGUAGAGUUUUUUAUUGACCAAUUUUAGAAAUCAAAAUCCAAACUUUGGAUUAGAUAUUUUAGUGAACAGUCGAACACCAAAGGUUGCUUUUCAAGAUAAAAGGGGUUUAUGCUUUUAGGCAAGAAAAACCUCCUUGUCAGGUUUUUGGGUUCUGCUUGGUAAGUUACCUGUGCUGCAGAGCUGUAUCAAAAGAAUAGAGAGAAAAAGAGAGAAUAGAAGAAUUCACCUCUAUUUUCUCUACGGAAUCAAAAUUCACCUCUUUUGGCCCUUUUUGUCAAAAUCUAAAAGUUACUUAAAAACCUUGACCGGGCACAGUUCAUUUGUAGGGAUACUGGAAAUCUAAGGACAAGCAUUGGUUUUGGUUUUGGUUUAAGUCAAAUUAGAUGGAAGGUGGUAUAUAUACUGGCAUAGGAAAUGGUACCCAGUUGGAUAGCAAGGUUGUGCAGACAUUUCAGAAGAGCUUUGUACAAGUACAGGACAUUUUGGAUCAGAACAGAUUGCUAAUAAAUGAGAUUAACCAAAACCAUGAGUCCAAGAUCCCUGAUAACCUCAGCAGGAAUGUGGGCUUAAUUAGAGAGCUUAACAACAACAUUAGAAGGGUGGUAGAUCUCUACGCUGAUCUCUCCAGCAAUUUUUCCAGGUCAAUGGAAGCCUCAUCAGAAGCAGAAUCUGCUGGGACUUUGAAAUCGGAUGGAAAAUCUAGUGAGAAGAGAAUUAGAUCCGGGUAAUUGUUCGAAAUUUAGCUCUGUUGUAGUUAUAGAUCCUGCAGUCUUCAAUUACUGAAUAAGGAAAAAAAAGCUGUGAAUUUGUGAUACUAGAGGGAAAUAACUUAUAAGAUUGUGUUGCUCUUUUGUAUCAAUAAUAUCUAUCUAUUUGAGGCUUUAUGCAACAUUUUUACUGCCACAAACUAUGGUGAAAAUCUCAGUAUAAAAGUAUAGCCUUGAAGUCUUCACUUUCAACUCUGGAUCUUCUACAUCUGUGUAAAUUAGAUAUCCUUAAUGAUA